AUGGACCCGCCGCGCCCAGUGUGGUUAGACUGUGAUCCAGGUGCGAGGGGGGGCGGGUGGGGAGGGGGAUUGGUUAAUAUUUUCAGGAACAGCCUUCAGUCCCCGUGGCAGUGGCCGUCCGCAGCCAAUCUCGCAGCCAUAGACCCGCCGCGACCGGUGUGGUUAGACUGUGAUCCAGGCCACGAUGACGCCAUGGCUAUCAUUCUUGCCGCCCACACCCCCUCGCUGCACCUGCUUGGCAUCAGCACUGUUCACGGCAACCAAUCAGUGCAGAAAGUGACAAUCAAUGCGAGGCGAGUGCUGCUGAUGUGCGCGCGACCCGACAUUCCUGUGUUCUGCGGGCAAGCAUCCCCCUUCAUGCGCGCCAGGCAGCACUGCACUGAGAUCCACGGGGAGUCGGGGCUAGAUGGGCCUGACUGGGGGGAGGGGGAGGCGCAGGGGGAGGGGGAACGGGGGAAGGGAAAGGGAGGAGGUGCAGGGACGAAGGAGGACGGAGAGGAGAAAGGCAAGAGGGAGGAAACCCCACUAUGGGGGACGGCAGAAGAGGAGGCAGAGGAAGUAGCAGAAAUCAAGAGGGAAACGGGUGGGGGUGGGGUGGAGGGGCGCAAAGAAGGGGACGAAGAUGGGGAUGCGAGGGGAGAAGGGGUGGGGGAGGAGGAAGAUGUGCCGACAGUGACUCACAUGUAUCGCCACAUUCGACAAGCGUUUCUAGAGAGGCAGGCAGCGUUGAGAGAGUGGAAACAGGGGACAGAGCCAAGUGACUCGAACAGCAAGCAAGGGGCAACGAAGGCAGGGGCAGCUGAGGAUGGGCCUUUAGCCAAGAGGAGAAGGGAGGGGGGAAAUGAUCAUGUGAUAGGGGUGAAUGGGGCAAUGGCAGAUGGCGCAAUCACAGACCGGGCAGUGGCAGACGGGGCAGCGGUGGUAAACGGUGGUCCCCCAGCUGCUGACACAGCGCAUGCUGUCGCUGCUGCUGCUGUUGGCACCGCUGUUGGCACUGCUGUUGGUACCACCGCUGCAGUUGUGGGAGGGGAGAAGAAGGAAAUCUGGGAGGGGCGGAGGGAGAGGGUGGCGUUGGUGUGCACAGGCAGUCUCACCAACGCUGCUCUGCUGCUCACCGUGCACCCCCUGGUCAAGAGCAUGAUCGAGAUUGUCCUAAUGGGAGGAGCUCUUGGUCUCGGCAACACUGGCCCAGUAGCGGAGUUCAACAUCCAGUGUGAUCCAGAGGCAGCCUCCAUUGUGUUCAACAGCGGCUGCCCGCUCACAAUGGUACCCCUAGAGCCUGCUUCCAUCUCCCUUCCCUCCAUCUCACCACCCUCUGCCUUACCCCUCGCGUCACUCACACGGCCGUAUCUACCCUCCAGCCGAUGCUCAUGUCCCGUCGCCUCUUUUAAUUGGGACCUCUGCCCCGGCCGUUACCUCCCCCUUGAGGUCACGCACACCGCCCUGCUCUACCUCCCCCUUCAGGUCACGCACACCGCCCUGCUCUACCUCCCCCUUCAGGUCACGCACACCGCCCUGCUCUACCCUCCGUGCCUUGAUGCACUUGCAGUCCGUGCCUUGAUGCACUUGUUCCCUCAUACGUACCCCUCCAUGUGUUGGGCUUUCAACACCUUCCACCUCUACACUCCUUUUGAGGCGCCUCAAAAGGCUUUCAACACCUUCCACCUCUACACUCCUUUUGAGGCGCCUCAAAAGGCUUUCAACACCUUCCACCUCUACACUCCUUUUGAGGCGCCUCAAAAGGCUUUCAACACCUUCCACCUCUACACUCCUUUUGAGGCGCCUCAAAAGGCUUUCAACACCUUCCACCUCUACACUCCUUUUGAGGCGCCUCAAAAGGCUUUCAACACCUUCCACCUCUACACUCCUUUUGAGGCGCCUCAAAAGGCUUUCAACACCUUCCACCUCUACACUCCUUUUGAGGCGCCUCAAAAGGCUUUCAACACCUUCCACCUCUACACUCCUUUUGAGGCGCCUCAAAAGGCUUUCAACACCUUCCACCUCUACACUCCUUUUGAGGCGCCUCAAAAGGCUUUCAACACCUUCCACCUCUACACUCCUUUUGAGGCGCCUCAAAAGGCUUUCAACACCUUCCACCUCUACACUCCUUUUGAGGCGCCUCAAAAGGCUUUCAACACCUUCCACCUCUACACUCCUUUUGAGGCGCCUCAAAAGGCUUUCAACACCUUCCACCUCUACACUCCUUUUGAGGCGCCUCAAAAGGCUUUCAACACCUUCCACCUCUACACUCCUUUUGAGGCGCCUCAAAAGGCUUUCAACACCUUCCACCUCUACACUCCUUUUGAGGCGCCUCAAAAGGCUUUCAACACCUUCCACCUCUACACUCCUUUUGAGGCGCCUCAAAAGGCUUUCAACACCUUCCACCUCUACACUCCUUUUGAGGCGCCUCAAAAGGCUUUCAGCACCUUCCACCUCUACACUCCUCUCCCCUCUGCCUACCCUCUCCCAUUCUCUCCCUCCAACCCCUUUCCCACAUCGCAGUCUCUGCGUUGA